AACACGGGGGCGAGCAUGCAUGCUCAUGGAAUGACUCCCGCAGCAUAGGUCGCUGGCGCACCCCACAUCUGCACCCCAGCCCCCCAAUGGCUGUUUGGUCAGUGCAGACUGGGAAUCAACAAUGAGAUAGACUAUGGUGUUUAUUGCUGAUAGGCUAUAGAUCAAUGCUAGUGAUCAUCCAUAUAUGAUAUCCAUAUCAUUAUAUUAUAAGCAACACGAUCAGGAGAGAGAACGAUGCUGGAUGGACUCCGUCGGAGGCACAGCUCUCGCCCUUCCCCCCGACCCCUGUCACUCAACUUCACCACCUUCUCAGCCCCACCCCCAAGCCCUGAUAUUGACAGCAAUCAUCAUCCAAUCAGAAGUCUUCUGCUCUGGUCUCUGCCUCGACCAGAUGCCAGAUGUCUCUCUUUCCCUCUUUCACAUUGCACUCUUUCUUCCUUCUCUUCUCUUCUCUUCUCUUCGCAUGCCCUCUCUCUACUCCCCUAUUUUCAUUCUCUUCUAGUAUUUCUGUCUCUAGUCUUUGCUUUAGUUCAAUACUUAGUGUGCUGUCUCUCUCUCUCUCCCUUCCUCUCUGCCUUUAUGAGGACUCUACACAGGCUGAAGUUGAUGAGCUCCCCCAGUCUCAGUGAACUGGGAAAGAGUGAGAAGGGAUCACCGGAGGAGAGAGGAGAGAAACAGAAGAGGGCCGGGGCCAACGCUACCUGGAACAGCAUCCACAAUGCUGUCAUUGCCGUCUUCCAGAAGAAAGGUCUGUCUGACAAUGAACUCUAUGUCCUCAACGAAGGUGUCAGAUACCUAUUGAAAACCGAGCUGGGGUCGUUUUUCACAGAAUACCUCCAGAACCAGUUGCUGACAAAGGGCAUGGUCAUUCUACGGGACAAAAUAAGAUUCUACGAAGGUCAGAAGUCACUGGACUCUCUGGCAGAGACAUGGGACUUCUUCUUCUGUGAUGUUCUCAAUACGCUGCAGGCCAUCUUUCACCCAGUACAGGGUAAGGAGCCCAAUGUGAGACAGCUGGCUCUGCUCCACUUCAGGAACACCAUAGUUCUGAGUGUGAAGCUGGAGGAUGCUCUGUCUCGGCCCCGCGCCCGCAUUCCCCCCUCCGUCACACAGAUGCUGCUUAUACUGCAGGGUGUCCAUGAAUCGCGGGGUGUGAGUGAGGACUACCUGCGUCUGGAGUCUCUGGUCCAGAGGGUGGUCUCUCCUUACCUGGGCACCCACGGUCUCUACUCUGGAGAUGGCAGCGUGGCACACUGCUCCUGUGUGCUGGAGAAGCGUUUGCAGUGGUGCUGGCCUAAGCAGCCUGUGGACCAGUCGUCUAAGAACCCUGUGGUCCGUUCUAAGAGUUACAACAUCCCUCUCCUCCUGACGCCCGUGGCAGAGUAUGACCCUGAUGCCAGCUCGGUGGGCAGUGGGGGCAUCCGACGCCACUCUGCCUGUGAGAUCAUCUCCUGCCUGGAGGAACAGGGGCUGGCCUACGCUGACAUAGCCUCCAGGUCCGACGCAUCCACCUCCAGCGCCUCUGCUAACAGGCUCUGUGUGGUUCCACAGUUCAGAGGAACCAUGGAGUCUCCUCUCCCCUCCCCCUCCAUCCUCCCCCUCCACCUGCACUCCCCAGGACCCCUCCAUGGGACGGAGGCAACAAUGACCCUUACGGACAUGGACAAGGCUGCCCCCUCCUCUCCACUCAGCGGAUCCUCCAGCCCGGAGACCGUCAUUGGACAGGUGCUGGAGUCCCUGGACUUAGAUUCAGACGGGAUAUUCAUAGAAUUCCCAGCCCCGCUGCUCAGAGUCAAUGAGAUAUGGUCGGGAGAUUAGGCAGAGCACUGAGUAAAGGGAAUCAUGGGUAGCUUGCCCUCCCCAAAUAUCUUAUCUUAGACAUUAGGGGGAAAAUGCUAAACUGACCUUAGAUCAGUGGCUAGGCGAGAGGCAACCUAGACCUAAAAAGACAUGGUUAAGUGCACUCCAUACUUCUCCCCACAAGAGGCCUCUUUUUAGUCAAAAUUUAUUUAGAGAAAAAACUAACUUUUCUAAGCAUUUGAUUAGAUCUGAAUAUAUCUGCUUUUUUGGGAUGCUUAUGUUUUGCGUGUUUUGAAACUUGACUCUCACCACUAUGAUGCCAUACCUUGUAGGCCCUUGGAUGUGGGCCCUUGGAUUGUGUCUGGGUUUUCUUCUACAAAACUUGGAGCACUGCAGUUACCAUAAAAUGAAAAGAUAAAAGUAGCUUUUGGAGUAAAUACACUAUGUGAAUGUAAUUUGGUCACAUCUUGCUUCUCAUUCUAAGAACCUGCCUUGUCCAAUCUGUGUUAACCUGGCUUGUCCCAUCUGUAUGUUCCCCUUCCUCUGUGUGUUUUUUUACUGUCAUGCCAAACAUGACAUGUAUGGUGUGACAAUGAUAGAGAAGUUGGCUAAAGUACUUCUGGGACCAGUCUGUCAUCCUCUUUUCAAAGGUCAUAAAGCAUUCAUGUUAUGUAUUACCCAUAGAAACUAAAUAUUGAACUGUAAUUGUUGUUUACUGUUUACUUAUGAUGAGAAACAUAGGGUUUAACGAUAAUUAAUGUUGUCUCAUUUACUGUGUUGUGUGGCACUUCAACUGUAAAUAAAUUGUUUUUUUAGGACAGCUA